AGAGAGAGAGAGAGAGAGAAUCACACACUCAUAGUAAAGCGGAGGCAACUGCGCCGACGAGCUUUACACAAGACACACAUUUUGUGCUUUAGUUGCAACGGGUCUGUGAUACAGCCGGAUUGAAAAUUACAUUUCGUUCAAAACUUAACACUUUUGGGAAGAUUUUCUCGUCGCUCAGAACUCUUUCUGGUACGACUUAAGAUUUGAACAUGAAGCAGUUGAAUGGAUUACAUGGCGGCGUUGUACGCUUUCCGAACUGACAUGGACUGUAGCGACUCUUUCCGUUCACGUUCACCGAAUCUAUUGUGAUCAGACUGCCCAGGUUUAAACAUGGAGGCUCCCUCCAGCUUUCAGCCGCAUCCAGGACUUCAGCAAACUCUCAAGCAGUUUCACUUGAGCUCCAUGAGCUCCCUCGGCGGACCGGCAGCCUUCUCGGCCCGGUGGCAGCAGGACAUGCUGUUCAAUAAGGACGGUAAGGGCGCCGAGGUGAUGGUGAACCUGCCCGCACAGACGCCUCCGGUCAUGCCGGGGCCCCUCUUCAUCCCGUCAGACCGCUCCACCGAGAGGUGCGAGACGGUCCUGGAGCGGGAGACGAUUUCGUGCUUUGUGGUGGGUGGCGAAAAGCGCCUUUGCCUGCCGCAGAUCCUCAACAGCGUCCUGCGAGACUUUUCCCUCCAGCAGAUCAACUCUGUGUGCGACGACCUCCACAUCUACUGCUCCCGGUGCACGGCGGACCAGCUGGAGAUCCUCAAAGUUAUGGGCAUCCUGCCCUUCUCGGCCCCCUCAUGCGGACUGAUCACCCAGACCGACGCCGAGCGCCUCUGCAAUGCCCUCAUCUACGGCGGCUCGUUCCCACCGCACGCUGACAAAGACUUGUGCUCCAUCGAGCUGGAAAGAACGGAGAAGAGCUUUAAAGUUUAUCACGAAUGCUUCGGGAAGUGCAAGGGCCUGUUCGUGCCUGAGCUCUACACGAGCCCCAACGCGGCGUGCAUUCAGUGCUUGGACUGCAGGCUCAUGUUCCCGACGCACAAGUUCGUGGUGCACAGUCAUAAAAGGCUGGAGAACAGAACCUGUCACUGGGGCUUCGACUCGUCCAACUGGAGGGCUUAUAUUCUUUUGGAUCAAGACUAUAGAGAGAAAGAGGAGACCAGCACGCUGCUGCAGCUCCUGAAUGAGUUAAAGGGAAAAUUUGACCUGGGGAACAAGCACAAGACAUCUUACAAGGCUUACAGUCCCAUUCCCUCCAAAAAGUCCAAACAUGACCGCUCAAGAUCCCCAUCAGUGGGUAAAGAGAAGCAAGCUGACUGGCUACAGUCUCUGGCUGCAUUUGCAAAUAAGGAUCUUAAGCAGCUCCAAUUCAAGCAAAGACCUUCGGCCUUCAGGCCCUGGUCUCCCAGAGUUCCUUCUACUGAGCGAGAAACAUCUAGCCACACAUAUGAGAGAUCGCUUGCUAAAGGACAAGACAGCCUGGUAGUCCCAAAUGUAUCACUGCCCAUUUCCACAUUUAAAAAUAAUGAGCAGCCACCACAACGUUUCUCCCAGACCACCGAGAACCACAACACAGGCAAGACAGAGAGCUCCAGGCCAAGAAAGAGGUAUCCCUCUGCAGAGAGACAAUCACAGCAGGUGGCCAAGACCCCUCUGCCCACUCCAGGAGUCAGACAGCGUGCUCUGGAGAACGAGGACUCGGACACAGAAAUCGAGGUUGACAACUAUAGCAAAGUUCCUGCCUCCCAUUGCUUGAUGUCCCCUCCCUCUACCAAUGGCGUAGGGGUGAUGAACCUCAACGCUAUCAGCCCUGUGGCUCCUUACUCUGAGCUGGAAGUCCUCAAGCAGAUGCUCUGCAGUGACCUUAAUUCUAAGGAGGCUAGAGAGAAAUUCCUCCAGGAGAUCAUCCGCAUGCGAGUGAAGCAAGAGGAGAAAGUAGCUGCUGCUCUGCAAGCCAAACGAAGCCUUCAGCAGGAGCUGGAGUUUGUCAGGGUGACUAAGAAGGGCAGGCUGAGGGAGGCCAUCGAGGCAAAGCGGAACCUGAGGAAGGAGAUUGAGCGCCUCCGUGUGGAGUGUGAGAAGAAGGUGCGAGAUGCCAACGAGUCCUGCGGCAGGCUGAAGAGGGAGCUGGACAGAGAGAGACAGCUCCGUGUGUGCGACAAGGGCUGUGAAGCAGGACGUCUGAGGGCCAAGUAUUCCUCACAGAUUGAAGAUCUGCAGACAAAGCUCCAGCAAGCAGAAGUGGACCGUGAGCAGUUAAGAGAGGACCUGCUGAAAGAGCGGGAUGCCCGGCAGAACCUGGAGAGGGUCGUCAAAGAGCUCCAGGAACAGCUGGGCCACAAAGAAGAGAUGGAGGGACACGCCAUCUCAAACACACAACCGACUGAGGGAGAGAAGAAAGAAAUGAGAGAUGAAGAUGUAUCUUAAACAUUUCAUGUGUUCAGUGUGUGGCUGUAGUUGAAGACUUUGAUUUGAGGACGAGUAGAGGAUGCCUCUAAAGCCAACACUUUCUUGAAAAAAGAUCAUAAAAAAACAAGGAUUUUACAGUGUACGUUUACCAAAACCAGUGGAAACAGCAGCCGUAAUUCAUGAACUCAAGUAACUGGAAAGAGGAUUUCUCGUUUCUUGAGAGGAGAAUGCUCGGAGACGGUGGCAUCGUGUGUAACUGACUUUCCUUCAGUUAGCUUCUUUAAGCUAAUCUAAGGAUUUUCUUUGGUUAUAAGCUAUUUAAAAUUUUUGCAAAGAUACUUGAAUAAUAUUUGGGAAACAAACAUGUUUUCUAUUCACAAUACAUUGACAGUAGCUGGUGAACAACCUGCUAGUGCCGCUGAUACUCCGUAAACUAGAAAGUGUUACAAGCCAGAAUUCAACAUAGUACACAGGUGUUGUCAUUACAAUGCUCUGCUUGCUUUUAUUUCACCUUUUGUUUGCUGUUGUAUUCAAAUAGUUUGCAUGAGCGACAGUGCUAUGGUGCAGCAAAGCUUUGUUAUAAGCCUACAUUCAAAUGAGCUUUUUAUCUUUGUAUUUUUAAUAACCAUGUACUUAGAACCCUAUAGCAUUGGCAACGAUCAAUAUGGGCUGAAUCCUAUCCUCUGUCCUGAACUACAAUAUUAAGUAUUAUACUUUACUAAUUACAAGUUUUCUCGGUCCAAACAAACAUUAAAGCAUGUGACCUGAUAUUGAUCACUCCAUGCUUCUUGUUUGAUGGGGGAAAUAAAUGUUUUGGUUUGUUUUUUUUUCCGUUCAGAAUCAGAAUUGUGACAAACAUCCAAUUUUAGUCACUGGUUUUAGGGCUCAUUUAACCAGCCCGAUCUCACGGCAAUUCGUACAUAUUUUACGAGGUGGCUAAUUCGUACAAAUUCGUACGACCACACUCGUACAAGUUUUGCCAAAUCGUACGUAUUUUACGAGUUGCACAAUUCAUAUGAAUUUGUACGAAUGACCUACACUUAACCCCGCCCCUAAACCUAACCGACACUGGGGUUUUAGACAAAUCAUAUAAAAUCGUAUUGUUCGAAUUAGCCACCUCGUAAAAUACGUACGAAUUGCCGUGAGAUAGCUUUGCAUUAAACAUAAAAACAAAUGCUGUUAAUGAAAAUUAAAUUUCUACUUAUAUAGAAAUUAAGGAUAUAUAUUUUUUUACUUUCUACCAAAAAAAAAAAAAGAAUUGCACUUUUAAGAAAAGAUAGUUGUAUUGUGUAUUUGAAGCCCUGUUUUUUUUUUUUUUCAAAUCUCAGACAGGUAUUGAAUAAAGAGGUUUUCAUACAUUUGUUACAGAUGUGAAUACCACUUAAACAUAAAAAUGUAAAUAUGAUAGCGUGCUUUACACUUCACUCUAAAUGCUUUUUGCUCCUUACCAAUAGACUGUAUGUAUAAAAACAACUUAACACAUAAAUGAAUUUCUCCUAUCAUAAUUUCAACUAGAGGGCAUUUACUAUAUAAAAUCCUUAUGUAAUAUUAUCAAAAAAACAUAGAUCAUUAUAUUUCUGAAUAAAUUCAGUCCCGUUGGAAAUCACUUUAUAUAAUUACCAAAGCAAAGUUUCCAAUUCUGAGUUUUUGGAGGAUAAAUCAGAAAUGUGACUGAUGAACUGUAAAGACUAUUUGCUGAAUUUCUAAUGAUCUUUUAUCUCCAUUACCCCUGUCUUGAAUAAACCUGCAGUAAUACAUAUACUAACUUUUCCAUAUCUCUAUUUAUUCUGGUUGCAUUUUUACUUCGCCUUCGAUAUCCGAGAUCCGUAUGCUUGCCUAUGUCAGUUUAUAACCUUUUGAUGUUUUCAUGGUCACACUAGAGAUAUGCAUUGUGUUCAGGGUCUUGUCAUAGUUUUGAUUUUGAUGUGGGUCAUUUUCGUCACUUGUUUUAAUGUUCCCCCACGUAUAAUAACAUCAUUAAACAGAAUCAACCAUU